AGGGCUCGCUAAGGGAGCUUAGGUGGCUUGCACUUUGGCCUGCUGGUGGAGGCACUGCCGAGCAGAUAGAGAGGCCAUGUCGGCCACGUUCGACGCCAUCGACCGCAACCACGACGGCGUGAUCACGCGCGCGGAGUACAACGCGGCGGUGCAAGCGGGAUUCCCGAUACCUGGCCACCCCCCGCCGAUGCAGUAUGCGGCGCCGCCGAUGCCGGGCAUGCCCGGCCCGCCAAUGCCCGGGCCACCGAUGCCGGGCCCGCCCAUGGUGCAGCAUCACCCGAUGUACGGCCCACCGCCGCCGCUGAUGGGGCCGCCGGCGGGCUACCCGCCUCCUGGGCCAGCGAUCCACUAUGCCCCUCCGCCGAUGACGAUGCCAGCUCCAGGGCCCGUCACCUACGCGGCGCCGCAGCCCACGUACGCCCUCCCGCCGGUGACGUACACCGCACCGCCCGUGUACACGGCGGCCCCGCAGCCUGCAUACCAGCAGCCCUCCUACGCCCUGCCGCCCAUCACGUACACCGCGCCGCCGGUGUACACGGCCGCUGCCCCAGCGCCGGUGACAUACGAGGCGCACCCGCCGCCGAUGAUGCUGCAGCAACCUCCACAGGC